AUGUCCUGUACAGAAGAAUUUCCAGACCAUUUAUUAUCCUUAAUUAAGACUUCUAAAUAUGUACAUGUUGCUACUAGUUCCAAAGACUGUGUUCCAUCCGUAUCCUUGAUGAAUUAUACCUAUAUUCCCAAGGAGAAAAGUUAUAAAGAUGAUAAAAGUGAAAAUGCAUAUAUUAUUUUUGCCACAUUAGACAACACAGAGAAAUAUGAUAACAUGUUGACCAAUCCGACCGUCUCCCUAUUAUUCCAUGAUUGGAUAACAGCAAAUAGUAUAUCUGUAAGGAAGACAGAAUUAUCUCGUUCAGGUACUCCAACACAAUCUGAUGUUGCUACACCAAAGGAGGGACCGAUAGUUAAAAGUACUCCAUCUCAUCCAAGUAAAUUGCUGAAUUUAUUACAGGAAUUGAAUCAAUCUGAAUUGAAUCAAAUGAGUGCCACUAUAAGAGGUCAUGCUACUACUAUUCAACCAAAUUCUGAUGAAUCAAAUUAUUAUAAGAGUCUACUUUUGAAAACUAAUCCUGAUGCUGGUGUAUUUAUCUUAGCUGAAAAUACUGUCAUUGUUAAAGUGAAAAUUGAAAGUGCUAAAGUGACUGAUAGUGAAAAUCAUACUGCCAUUUAUGAUUAA